AUGAUACUGAAAAAUGCUGGUAACGAAUCUCCUAUUCCUACUUCAUCUCCCAUUCAAAACAUCUUACCUAAUGUGUCUGAUCUUGAUGUUCUCAUCGCUCUUAGAAAAGAUAGUCAUAGAGCUUUCACUUCUAGGAUAAAUAGCAUGGUUAUUCCAAGGAACAUUCAGGAGGCCCUAAAUGAUUCGAAUUGGAAAUUAGCAGUUAUGGAGGAGAUGAAUGCUCUAAAACUGAAUUGCACAUGGGACAUUGUAGAUUUCCCAAGAGAGAAGAAAACUAUUGACCUCUUUACUAAUUGGAUGUCAAAAAUGUCUUUCUCAAUGGAUAUUGGAAAUAAUAAAGUGUGCAAAUUAAAGAAAUCUCUCUAUGGUCUAAAACCAUCCCCUCGAGCAUGGUUUGAACGUUUUGAAAAAGCAGUCACUAGCUAUGGAUUCCUUCAAAGUCAAGCAGAUCACAAUAUCUUUUAUAAGCAUAGUGGAAAUGAUAAAAUGGUUGUGUUGAUUGUAUAUGUUGAUGAUAUUAUCCUCACAGGCAAUGAUGUAGAUGGAUUGGCCUGUCUGAAGAAAAGACUUGCUAGUGAAUUUCAAAUUAAAAAUUUGGGAACUUUGAAAUAUUUCUUAGGGAUGAAAUUUGCUAGAUCAAAAGGGGAUCUUUGUUAA